UAAUGGACGCAAGGCGACAUGACACCCAGACAACAUUGAUAUCCUCCAUCUUCGUCUUACUUCCAUCCAUUUUCGACCGCUUGUCCCUUUCGGGGGUGCUGGAGCCUUACUUAAAGCAGCUAAUUAUCCCCGCCUGCCGUACUAAGAACGUUUAAAAGUUCUCAGCGCCGCAUUUGGAGUAUGUUUGAUUGAGUGUGCGCGCAGGUAUAGCCAGGUGUGCGCCAUUGGACUAAUUGGACGCGUCUUUCAUCGCAGCUCCGAGAAGUGACGUCUUGUUUUUGGUUUAAACGCGAAUUGUUCAAAAGUUUGGAAAGUCGGGUGAUGUUUUUUUGUUGGCCAGCGUCUUUCUGCUGUGUUUUAUUUCGGACGGGUUAAGCAGGACAAAAAGGAAGAAGAAAUGGACGAUGGAAGCAAGCCGCCACAUUCCUGUGGAAAUGGCCAGCAGAGGACUCAACACCCGAGGCCUUUUUUCUACGUGCAACCACCAUCUCAGCCGUACUACCUUUACCAGCAUUGGCAGAUGAACAACCCCUACAACCACUACGCUCUACCUGGAGGUUUUAAUUUCGGCCGUCCCUGCAUGGCUCCCUAUCAGUACAUGCCGUACCCUGGCCUUAUGUUCCCGCACAACGCGAUGUACCCCAUGGAUUACCGGCGCAUGUUUGAGCCCCGCUUCCAGGCGCCCGCCUGGAACGAGGGGCCGCGCCCGCCGUAUCACCAGCAGCCCCACGGGCGACGAGAGACUGCCUCCUCCCAGGUCCAGACAGACCCCAGCGACGCCAUAAGCAAGCUCAUCGAAUGCCUGGACAAGAUCCGGGCUAGCGAGUUGCACGGAGCUGAGAGAGAGCUGGACUCGGGGGUGGUGUCCCACGCCUCCGGGAUGUUCUCUCCGUCCGAGGCGAAGAAAGGCGAAGAGCAGGUGAACGCCAACGUUCUGCCGGCGGCGCCCGAUGCCACCCAUUUGGAGUCGACGGCUGUUGUGUUCAGCGACUCCGCCACGGCCGUGUACGGCGGCGGGUCCAGCCGCAGGAGUUUGGACAUCCUUAGUCCUCAGGUGUGCUGGUCAGGACGCCUGGACGAGGAGCUGCCUCUCGAUAGCUCCUCCAUCCGCGAGGACGGUCCUGAUCCCGAGCAACCGGCAGCGCUGAAGCACUUCCUCACUCACGAGAAGUCUGAGGUCACAAGUAUUCAAUCAGAUAUUCCUGUGGCUGAUCAAAGAGCUCCAAAAUGUGACGCCGACAACCUCGAUCCCAGUGGGGCUCCAUCGACAUCUCCUUCUCGCCAGGCUGUUCUCAAGGAAGCAAGGAAAAGUGAAGACGAUCCUAGCUACCAGAUCCUCAAGCUGCCUCUUGAGAGCGUUUUCUCAGCAGGAGCACGGGUUUCUUCACCCCCGACCCCAUACUACUACCACCACCUCGCCAUGCAGACCACCCACGAGCGCAUGAGCGUCCUCAGCCCGUCUCUGGAUGAGCUUUCGUCCCGGGAUGAGAUGUUCUCCACAGACCUGGAGGACGUGGAUCUUUUCCCCAGGCGAGCCUACUCGGGCAGGAGGCUGGCAGAGCUCGCGGGGGGAGCAGAAGCCCCGGAAGAGGCGGCACAGGACCUGUGGCUUCCCGGCUCCAAGAGGUUCAUGUGCGCCUGCUGCGGCAAAAGUCUGGCUAAAGGCGGAAGUCGGGGGAAAGGUCACAAGGCGUACAGGGAUGAGGCCGCAGACUCGGAGGAGGACGGCAGGUACGGAAGAGGGGGCGAGCAGCCGGCCCGCGUGACGCUCAGGAAGCAGCCUGCACCCAGGAAGCCCCACUCGGUCCCACCGAGGCACCCUCCCAAGCCGUGGUACAAGAGAAGCCAGUACAAAGACCCAGCGGAGUCGCUUGAGCCAGACGAGGGUCACGACUCCUCCAAAGUGGCGGACGGCAAAGCUGGGGAGACUGCUGGAGGCGACUUGCAGUGCAGAACAUGUCAGGAGGAGCCUUGCAGAGACGAGCAGUGCGAGUGGGCCGAUGGCGGCGGGAAUCCCAGAAGACGACAUGCGGCUCUGCCGCAGCGACAGGAACCGAAUGUUCAGAGGAAAGUGAUGCACCAGAGGCCCAGAGACGACGACGACGACGACCAAGAGCUGCCGUCCUCUCACUGGGACAGAGGUUCCGUUGUACCAAAAUGUUGAUUUGACACAUGUUGAACUGUAAGUGUCCCCUUUGAUGGUGUAAACAGUCCCAGGGUGAUGUUGGUAUAUUUAGGGCACCAGGUGUGACGCACUGCACAGAUGUUUGUUUUGUUUUGCUAAAUGUAUAUAAUAAAGAAAUUAAUAUAAGGUUUAUUCUUUGCACAAUUCCUGUUUAAGUUCAAAGGUUGUGCUGCAGUCGAUGUUGAUGUUUGUCGGGGCCAGUCCAAUAAAGAU